GAGAAAAAAGCGCCUUAUCGCGUAAGUAAUAUUUAAAUACCGAAGACCGCUCUUAAAUUAUAAAUGAAGAAUGGCGUCUAGAUGGAGACCGAAAAAUCGACGACAAAUCCUACAACUUGAUGACGAAGGCUCACAAUGCCCCUUGGUUCAAAACCAUUCUUCUGUGAACACUGCCACUGUAGCUGCCACUCCUGCACCAACGAACAAAUUACAUGCUCUUUUGGGGCACUAUAAUUCUGAUGAUGAAGACAGUGAUAAAGAGGAAGAAGACUCUGAAUUCAAGGAUUUUCUGAAUGAAAUAAAAUCAGUGGAAGAGGCUCCAGCAACUUCGGUUUCCUCUGUUUGGCAAGAGCUAUGGGACCCUCAAUCAGGACAACCAUAUUUUUGGCACACAGUCACAAAUGAACUAACAUGGGAAAAACCUCCUGACCUUUCAGAAGCAUCUUCAUCAAUGCCAAAUAUUGUUAACGCUAAAGCAGCUGCAAGUGCAGUCGUAGAAGAAAGUAAAGCCGUUCCAUCAGGAGCUUUUACAGCAAAAGAAGAACCUACUAUAAAAAAUUCAAUGGCUGUCAUCACACCUACAGUGGAAAAGGCAAAUCUUGCCGAUCAAAAACGAGAGGAUACUUAUAAAAAAGAUGAAGGAAAAGUGAGCUUUAAAAUUGGUACCUCCGAAAGAAGUCUCAAGGCGAGUGGGACAGAACUCACUCAAGCAAAGACCAACGGACGAUUGACGAUCGAUGUCGAUAGUAUCGUUGCUGCUAUCGAAAAGGAAGUACCUCCGGAUCACAAGACGGAAACUUUUGUUCCAUUAUUUCGAAGACGCCCACAGCAAGAGUCUCGUCCAAAACUUGGCAAUGAUUUUAAGAAAUUCUUUCCGCCUACUCACCAGCCCGUUCUUGAUCUCGAACCAGCGUCCCCAACUAAAGUCAUCCACACUUUCAAAGGCCUAGGUUUUCAAGAGAAAGCAGAUACCCCAGUUUCUACCCCAAGUCAAAAGGUUCAGUUUAUUGCGGGAGAAAUUCUUAAACCUUUAGUCGUUGUCCCCCCAGUUGUUCCUCUGACUGUGGCACAAAAAAUCACGCGGUUGGAGAACCGAUUGGCUACGCAAGAGCUUCCAGUAGGUGAAUUAUCAAAAACCCAACUAGCAAGUCAAUUGGAAAUUUUAAAAGAAGCUUGGGUGCAGAAGAAACUAGAACCUGAUUUUCUAGAAGAAUGGCUAGAUAAAAUUGAAAACAAAUGGAAAAUAGAGACUGUCAAGCCGCAGACAGAUCAGGUCAUUGACAUGGUACUUGAAGAUUCAGAAGGUGAGACUUCCACAACUGCAGUUUUGCCGGAAUGUCCCACUGCUGUAGCUGCCGAUACUGUAGAAUGUUUGGACUCUGCAUUGAACUCAUUCUAUACCGAUCUGGCCACGUUGGAUGCACCGGCUUCACCAGCCGCCCUGGCCGAUCCAGCAAUCGUUUCGUUGCCAGACGCAGCAUCAGAAGCUGCUGUGGCUACAGUGACCGAUGCAGGUCCAUCGGCAAUAGAAGAAGAAACAAAUAGCGAACCUGUUAAAGGAAUUAAACGCACAAAAAUGUCAUCGGAUAUGUCGUCGCUUGUUGCCAAAUGGCAAAAAAUUCAUCAAACAAACACGUGACUUGAGCGUAUCGCCCAACGAUCCUCAAGCAACCCGUUGUACAUAACCAUUUCUUCAAAUACAUUUAAGAA